AAGAAGACAAGAAUUCUGUCCUGAAAAACACACAGUCCUGAAAAAUUUCUCCUAUGUGUAGUCCUUACUAAUGCAAGUUGCCCUGUUGAAGUCAGUUCUCAAGAGUAAAGUCUAUUCAUGUAAUGGUCUUGGCAGAAAAGAAUCUUCUCAUCAAGAAAUGAAGUCAAGCGAGAGUAAGGAUGAAGUAUCUAAACUAUCUGUUCGUGCCUGUCUUGGUGCAGCAUCAGAGAAAUUGUUGAAGAAAGGAAAAAAUAUUCCUGAUGAAUUGCUAGUUGACAUCAUGGUGGAGGCUAUUAAACAAACACCCCAGAAGAAGGGAUGGGUCAUGGAUGGAUUUCCAAUGACAAUAAACCAGGCAAAACUACUUGAAAAAGCACUUACAGGGAGUGAUCCGGACAAAGCAGAAACAAAGGAUGAGAAGUCUAAGAAGCCCUCCCUAGUUACAGACCCAGCAGCCCCAAAAGAUCCACCUUUAUCCCCACCUGCAUUUGAUUUUGCUCUGUUAUUAGACAUUUCAGACACCACAGUGCUGGAGCGCGUGGCUGGAAUGAAAGAUAAAUCAGGGUCAUCACAGAUUCAACUGGAAGACAGUGAUCAAGCUUCAGAUAUUGAACUCAAAGAAAGAAAGAAGAUCGAUUUAGUCAGGGACCAGAUACAACAUAGAAUUGCAGGCUUUCUAGACAACUGGCCAAAAUUAGAGAAAUGGUUUUCAGUACAGCAAAAUAUUCUAGUGAAAGUUAAUGGCGAGACAGAAAAGAACCUCCUGUGUAAAAGAAUAAAGGAAAUCAUAUUGGAGGAAAUUGCUAAAAAACAGAACAGAAGAAAAGAACUGGAAAAAAAAGCUGAGAAAAAGCAAGAAGUUCCUACCCCUUUGCCACAAGCUGAGACGCUAACAGUUCUAACAGAUAAAAAUAAAGAAACUGAAUCUCCUUCUGAAGAUAAGGAGCCUAUGUCCACAAAAUCCAAAUCACCCAAAGAGCCACCCAAAAAGUCAGAAUCCUUUAAAGAGAAAAAGGGAAAGAAAGAUGAAGCAAUUAAACCAGGCUCUGUUCGAGGAAAGUCACCAGGGAAAAAAUCUUCACCAGCUACACCUGAAGAUGUACCUCCUCCCACCCCUGUAGGACCACCGCCAAUUAAACCAGGAUCAGAUGAAUGGGUUUAUAUAGAUGAGCCACUUCCCAAGGAAAUACCUGAAUUUUUAGUACCUUAUUGGGAAAUGGUAGAAAAUACAUAUGAAAAUACCAUCAAAACUAUACUUAGAUGUUUAAGAGAAGAACGGUAUUCUGUGAUUCACUACUUAGCAGAUACUAGAAACCAUUUUAAGGAUUACCUGAAGCGUCCAGACCAUAAGCAGGAGUUUGUAUCUCAGUGGCAAUCUGAUUAUAACUCCAUUGCUGAUGAUCUGUGGGAAGAUGAGGACACAAAAGCAGAAUUACACCAAAGGGUUACUGAUCUGAGGGAUCGUCUCUGGGAUAUUUGUGAAAACAGAAGGGAAGAAGCAGAGCAAGAACGUAGUGAUAUCAUGAAUGAUGGCUGGUUACGAGAUCAUAUGGGAAUCUUGAUGAACCAUUUCUUUUCACUUAUGCAGGUUGAAGUGGACCGUUUCCAAGAUACAAAGAGAUUUCUACAUGACUAUUACAGGGGAAUGGAAGGCAAAAUGCCAACAGAGGCCUGUCAAGAAUUCACUAGAAUCCCAUUAUUAGAUAUUGUUAAUGUAGACCAAUCUGUGGAACAAAGCAAGUCAAGAAGGAUUCCCAUGGUUCCUCGUAGACCCCCUUCUCCUGAAAUAAAUGUCAUCAAGCAGAAAAGCAAAGCAAUUCAACUAAAGAGCAAUAAGGAGGAGAAUUCCUCUGAAAGUAUAAUAUUUAACUUUGGGGCAGAUGAGAAACUUAUCACUGAUACAUGGCAAGCAGCAGUAACAGCAAUAUCAAAUAUGGUAACUGCUGAAAUACAAUCAAAAGAAGCCGAGGAAGAAAAAGAACGCCAGCAGCUAGAAAAGAAAGAACAAGAACGUCAAAAACCUUCUCAGGUAGCAGGAGGCAAAGGUAGUGGAAAGGAUGUCAAAGAUGCCAAGAAACCACCUCCAAAAUCACCCACCAAAAAGAAAGGUGUUCCUUCUCCAGCACCUGUGGCUGAAGCCAUUCCCAUUCCUCUAACACCAGAGGAACUAAAGAAACGGGAAUUAAAGCUUAAAAUGAAACAGGAAUAUUUUAGUGCCCUUGAAUAUGAAGAGGAAGCUGCAAAAUCUCGACUACAUCUGAUAAAGACAAAGGCAUUAACAUUUGUUGAUGAACUAGUAAUGAAAGCAGAAGAAACUUACAAAUAUAUGGAAAAGUGGCUUGGAGCCAGGUUCCUAGCAGAAAUGUCCAGUGUUGACAAAUUAACUGAGAUUGCACGCCACCACAUUGAAUGUUCUACGAGAAUCCAAUAUGAACUGGUUUUAGAUGAGACAGACCUCUUCAUAAGCAAUGAUGUAAAAGUAAUUCCAGAUCCUAUCCCUCCACCACGGCCUCCACCUGUAGAGACAUCUGUAAAUGGUACCCUAACUAUUUCACAACUUAGCACACUCCAUAAGCAAUUUCUACAGGUGGCACCUAAAGCCAUAAAAGCAUUGAAGCAUUUUAAAAGCAAGAUUAUCCCUCCUAACAAGAGCAAAGUCAGCGAUGAAGGAAAAGAGAAACAAUGUUUUGAACAUCAAGCAAAGGGGAAUCACCAGUUUCUGAAAACAUGGCUUACGAAAUACCCCUGGUUAAAGUAUGAUGGUAAAAGAGGAGUAAUGUUCUGUGCCUUGUGUCGCAAGCAUAAUGUGAACUUGGGGGAAAACAUACAUAAUUUUUGUUCUGGGACUGACAUCUUUAAGCUUGAAUUUAUAAAUAUACAUCACAGCAGUGAAGCUCAUGCCUGGGCUAGUUGCAUGGAAGCCGCCAGCAAUGCUACAGGAGAUCAAGCUUCUACUGAGCAGAUGUUAAAGAGCAUGAGCAAAGUAACUUUAGGAAGAAUAGAAAAUAUUUUUAGAACAUGCCAUGCUAUAGCUAAGUGUGGACGUCCUUUUACAGACCUUGAUUGGAUGUGCAAACUGGAUGACAUGAAAGGUGUGGACAUUGGUUCUAUGUUUAGAAAUGACAAGUCAGCAAGAACAUUUAUACAUUAUAUUGCUGAAGUAGAACGUAGGGCCUUGAAAGAAAAACUCGAAAAAUGUAAGUUCUUUUCCAUCAUUAGUGAUGGAGUUGCAGACAAUGCAAUCAAAGAAGCUGCAGUUAUAUAUGUACGCUUCGCCUGUGAAGGAAAAGUCCACUGCCAGAUUGUUGGGGUUCAAUCAGUUGACAAGUCUGAUGCUUCAACUAUAAAAAAUGCCAUUGUGAAAACUUUGCAAAUAAAUCUUCAGCUCAAUCUGUCAAGUCAAGACUGGUCAAGAAAACUAGUUGGGUUUGGGAGUGAUGGUGCAGAUGUCAUGGUAGGAGAAAACAAUGGGGUAGCUAAGCUGCUGAAGGAAAUUCAGCCUUGUGUGCAGUCGGUGCAUUGUUUUGCUCAUCGACUUGAACUGGCUUAUAAGGGAGCACUGAAAAGCAUUCAGCUAUACACAACUCUAAGUGGUCUCUUGCAAAAUAUAUAUUACUUUUAUCAUAACUCACCUCUAAAUAAGAGCAAUCUCAAUUCCACAUAUGAAACCCUUAAGCUACGUCCAGCGAUUCCCUCUCGAAUUGGAGGCACCCAAUGGCUUUCUCGCCUACAGACAGCUCUCCAGAUCCUUCUUAAGGGUUACCCUGCAAUUCUCCUGCAUAUGAGUAUGAUGCAAGGAGACCCAAGUGCCUCAAAUCACCAAAAAGUCAAAGGCCUUCUAAAGCUUCUUCUGCAAAUGGAGGUUGUCAAGUUCUCUCAUUUCCUGCUGGAUAUCAUUAAUGUCCUCAACAUUCUAUCCCGUGUUACUCAGGAUCGUAACUCUUCCAUUGCAGAUAUAUUUGCAACCAUGCAGUCGACACUGGAAACACUCCAAAUGUAUAAAACAAGAUCUGGUCCAAAGGAACGCCUAGUUGAUGCAGUUACACACUUUCAUGGUCACCAACUUGUAGGAAAUGGAAAUAUCUUACCAGAACGAACCAAAGUAUUAAGUAAUCUGGUGAGGAGGCUACAUGAUUGCUUUUGUGAUGCCAGCCAAGAUGUUUUGAGAGCUACCACCAUUGGAAGUUUUAAACUUUGGCCAGACAAGAUCAAACAAGAAUUUGGUGAAAGGGCGGUGUCCAUCCUAACUAAGCAUUAUGAACCAAUACUGGAAGGUGCCAAUGUAAAAGUUGAUGAGGUUGACACUGAAUGGAGCAUGCUGAAAUUAGAGCUAUAUGACAGAUUUCAGAACAUUCGGAGUUUGACAUGGGAUUCAGUGAACUCAGAUUACUCGCACAAAUAUCCUAACAUCCUGAUGCUGGUAGAUUUGAUCCUAACACUUCCUGCAAGUUCAGCUGAGGCAGAGCGUGGCUUCAGUCAAAUGAAGCUUACCAUGAUGCAAUUGCACUCUAAAGGAAUGUCUGAAAGUGUGACUGAUCUCAUGAUAAUUCAGCUGAAUUCCCCAGACAUAAAAAAGUUUGACCCAGAGAAGGCUAUUCAUUUGUGGAAUAGUGCUUGGCAGAGACAUAGAAGACUACAGACUGUCUAUAUGAUAACUAAUGUAAGAUCAGAUUGCUCCUUAGACUCUGAUUUUGAUAGUCAUUAUGGGAGUGAUUAGAGUA